AUGUUUGCCCGCGAAGAACCGCUUGCUGAGGUCAUGAACAAGUUUUGGGAGACUGAAGAUGUCCAAAUAAAUGCGAAACUCUUAUCACCUGAAGAUGAACUCUGUGAACAGCUCUAUGAGUCCACUACCUACCGCAAUGAUGAAGGCAGAUAUGUAGUCGCACUCCCCUUCAAGCCUAGCGCGCCUGUUCUUGUUUCAAACCGCAAGCAAGCUUAUCGAAGUCACCUUGGAUUAUUAAAACGCUUGGAAAAUUCUUCGGAACUAAAGAAGAAAUACGACAACUUCAUGACAGAAUAUCAUGAGCUUGGCCAUUUGGAACUUGCCAAAUCCGCUUCUGACUAUGUGAUUCCACACCAUGCAGUUUUUAAAAAUAAGGACCCCACUCAGAAAAUCAGGGUGGUGUUUAAUGCUUCCAGCAAGGAUACCAAUGGGCAUUCACUAAAUGAGAAUUUGUUACCAGGGCCAAAACUGCAGUCCAAUAUUAUUCAAGUAUUGACCAAAUUCCGCACUUACAAGUACAUUGUCCUUUCUGAUUGCAAGCAGAUGUAUCGCCAGAUUUUGUUAAGGCCUGAAGACUGCCGUCACCAACAUGUUUUUUGGAAACCUAAUUAUCAUGAACCUGCAAAAGAAUUUGAACUUAAAACCGUAACCUAUGGGCUUACUUCCAGUGCUAUUUAG